AUGGGUUUCUUCAGCUCUGUCCUCCUCUUGGUCCUACACCUGCUGCAAGGGUCCAGAACUUCCUUGGUUCAGCUGAACGCCAAUGGCUACGAGGGCGUCCUCAUUGCUAUAGACCCUGCUGUGCCAGAAGAUGAAACACUCAUCACAGAGAUAAAGGACAUGGUGACUAUGGCUUCGAUGUCUCUGUUUGAAGCCACAGAAAAAAGAUUCUUUUUCAAAAAUGUAUCAAUAUUAAUUCCAGAGAGCUGGAAGAACACGCAAUACAAGAGGCCAAAACACGAAAGCUACAAACACGCUGAUGUCAUCGUUGCACCACCGACCGUCCCAGGUAGAGACGAGCCGUAUACCAAGCAGUUCACCGAGUGUGGAGAAAAAGCAGAAUACAUCCAUUUCACCCCCGACUUUGUACUCGGAAAAAAGCAAAAUGAAUUUGGACCACCAGGCAGAGCACUUGUGCACGAGUGGGCCCAUCUCCGCUGGGGCGUGUUUGAUGAGUACAAUAAUGAUGAGCCUUUCUACAGCUCGAAGUCAAGGAAAAUUGAAGCGACAAGGUGUUCCAUAGAUAUCACUGGUAUAAACAGAGUUUAUAGAUGUCAUGGGAACAGCUGUGCAACCAGGCCAUGCAGAAUUGAUUCUACUACAAAACUGUUUGAAAAAGACUGUCAGUUCUUCCCCAAUAAACACCAAACUGAAAAGACAUCCAUAAUGUUUAUGCAAGGCAUCGACUCUAUCACUGGGUUCUGUAAUGAAAAAAACCAUAACCGAGAAGCUCCAAGCCUUCAGAAUAAAAAGUGCGAUUCCAGAAGCACCUGGGAGGUGAUCAGCAAUUCCGAGGAUUUUAAGGGCACGGUGCCUAUUGCAGCACCACCCCCGCCACCCGUCUUCUCAUUGCUGAAGAUCAGUGAGAGAAUUGUGUGCCUGGUUCUUGACAAAUCUGAAAGCAUGGGGAAUCACAAUCGCCUAAAUCGAAUGAACCAAGCAGCCAAGUAUUUCCUGCUACAGACCAUUGAAAAUGGAUCCUGGGUGGGCGUAGUCGACUUUGAUACUACUGCCCACAUCAAAAGUAAGCUAAUCCAAAUAAAAAGCAACAAUGAAAGAAGAAAGCUCUUGGAGAGCUUACCGACAGAAGCUUCAGGAGGAAUUUCCAUCUGUUCUGGAAUUGAAUCUGCAUUUCAGGUAAUUAAAGAAAUAUAUCCUCAAGUAGAUGGAUCUGAAAUAAUGCUAGUGGUUGCUGGGGAGGACAAAAAUAUACGAAACUGCAUGGACAGAGUGAAACAAAGUGGGGCCAUCAUUCAUUCUAUUGCUCUCGGGCCAAAUGCGGAGCCAGCAGUCGCAGAAAUGAGCGCCGUAACAGGAGGGAUGCAUGUCUACACUACAGAUCAGGGUGAAAGCAGGGGCCUCACUGACGCUCUCUGGACCUUCGGAUCAGGAAACACCAAUUCGCCCCAGCACGCUCUUCAGCUUGAAAGUAAGGGAUUAAUGCUCAUCAGUAACCCCUGGAUGAAUGGCACAAUAAUAAUUGACAGCACUGUGGGAAAGGACACAUUCUGUCUCGUCACGUGGGACAAACAGCCUCCCAGUAUUUCUCUCUGGGACCCUAGUGGAACACCAAGGGGAAAUUUCACAGUGGACGAAGAUUCCAAAAUGGCCUAUCUCAGUAUUCCAGGAACUGCAAAGGUGGGUGUUUGGACUUACAGUCUUCAAGCAAAAGCAAACCCAGAAACAUUAACAAUUACAGUAAAUUCCCGGGCAGCAAAUUCUGCUGUGCCCCCAAUCACAGUGAAUGCUAAAAUGAAUAAAGACACAAGCAGCUUCCCCAGCCCAAUGAUUGUCUAUGCAGAAAUUCUACAAGGGGAUAUCCCCGUUCUCGGAGCCAAUGUGACUGCUUUCAUCGAAUCGGAUAAUGGGAAAACAGAAGUUUUGGAACUUUUGGAUAACGGUGCAGGUGCUGAUUCUUUCAAGAAUGAUGGUGUCUACUCCAGAUAUUUUACAACUUAUCAAGAAAAUGGCAAAUAUAGCUUAAAAGUACAGGCUGCUGGAAAAGCAAAAACUGUCACGAGAAGCUUAAGGCAUCUACCAAAUAGAGGCACAUAUAUACCUGGCUGGGUAGUGAGCGGGGAAAUUGAAGGGAAUCCACCAAGACCUGAAAGUGAUGAGGACACACAGACAGACUUGGAGAGUUUCACCAGAAUAGCGUCUGGAGGUGCAUUUGUGAUUUCAAAUGUUUCAAAGCUGCCUUUGCCUGACCUCUACCCACCGAGUCAAAUCACAGACCUGGAGGCCACCUCAGAUGAGGAUGAGAUCAGGAUAACAUGGACGGCACCGGGAGACGAUUUUGAUGUCGGAACAGCUGAACAGUAUAUCAUAAGAAUAAGUGGAAGUCUCUUGGAUCUAAGGGAUAAUUUUGACGACGCUCUGCAAAUAAACACUUCUGAUCUGUUACCAAGCGAGGCCAACACCAAGGAAAGCUUUGCAUUCAAACCAGGAAAUCUCUCAGAAGAAAAUGCAACCCACAUAUUCAUUGCCAUUCAAAGUGUGGAUAAGAGCAACUUGACAUCGAAAGUAUCCAACAUUGCACAAGUAGCUUUGUUUACUCCCGAAGCAGAUCCCAGUCCUGGUAAAAGUCACCCAAAUCCCAGAAUUAACAUUUCUGCCUUGGUAUUGUUGGUAGUUGGAUCUGUUGCAGUUGUUAGUGUUAUUUUAAGUGCCACUAUUUGUAUUUUAAAGAAGAAAAGAAAUGCAAUUAGAUCAAAGACUGGGUUUUAA